ACGGCCAGCGAGAGCAGGCCAUGUCGAGAGGGAUUUGCCAUUGAUAAUUCAAGGAUUCAUCGACUGCGAUAUGAAGCUGAUCGACCGGAGCCCGAGACGAGUGUUGAUCAAUUGACGAGACAUUCGUCGAGUCAACGUUCAUUGCGAGUUAAUAAAGAGUGAUUGUCGCGAGAGAGGAGAAAAGGAUACACGGGGCAAACAAAGUUCCACAGUGUGAGACGACAUUACGUACGCGAAUCAAGUUUCGUUAAAUGGAGCAUCUGCACCAGGAUGUAAUGAUCCACAGGUGCUCCUCAGAUAUAUGAGCGGCAGUCCGAGUGCGCGUUGUGCAACUGAUUGAAAGGAGGUAAAGAAAGUAAAGAACUCGGCAGGACUAGACUUGCGCGCCGAAGUUAAUGCUACUCCGGCGCGAGGAUGAUGAUGAUGGACAUGGGUAUGUACGGUACUUACGGCAAGCCUGACUCAUAUCCGAACUACGGCUUCGCCAGCGGUCAUCACCAGGCUUCCGUGGGCCAUCAUCAUCACCACCACCAAGCGGCAAGCAUCGGACAUGUCUCCGUGCCCUCGUCGCCGGAGCUCGCGGCGACCGCAGCCCACUACUAUCCCCAAACUGCGGCUAUCACACCCUACAGCGCCUCAAGCACGGAGAACUUCCUCGCAGCCGCUGUGGACUCGAACGCCGCCACCAGCAGCAGUACACCACCCCAGAGCUUCUACUCUACGAGCGGCGCCCCCAUUCUACAUGAGGAUGGUACUGCUAUCAUCUCUUCCGAGAACGGCCUGAGCUAUACGAAUCUCGACUACGCGAGCGUCUCCUCGUCCUCCUCGUCGUUUGCGUCACAUGGCAGUUGCGCCGCUGAUCAUCACCAGAGCUACCAGCAGCAGCAACAACAGCAACAGCAGCAACAACAGCCGCAGCAGCAGCAGCAGCAGCAGCAACACGUACAGCCAGUUUAUAGAACGGAGGAACACCGACACCAUCAUCCGGCGAGUUUGCACCAUCAGAUUGGAACGCUCCAUAGGCAGGACCAUCCGAAACUGCAGCCACCGCCGCCACCACCACCACUACCACCGUCGCAGCAGCAGCAGCAGCAGCAGCAGCACCAUCAGUCUAGUCACGAGUCGACCGAUUAUCAAAUUAGUUCAAGCUACUUGCACCAGCUGCCUCCCAACGAUGACACGCUGCAACAGCAGCAGCAGCAGCAGCAACAACAACAACAACAACAGCACUACUCCCAAAAUCCUGCCAAUGUUAGGCAGGAUGCAUAUCCAAGUCAUCAACACUUCAAGGAAGAGGCGCCCGAUAACGUUGUCUACCACAAUAUGCAGUCAUCACCCGUACACGGAGUGCACCCCCACGUUCAUCCGCAGCACCAUCAUCACCACCACCAUCAUCAUCACCAGCAACAGCAACAGCAACACAGCAGCAACAGCAGCACCAUCAGCAACAUCAGCAGCCGACCCAAGUGCCCACCUACAAGUGGAUCUCCGAAGACGAGCGCGAGCGUCGGGGAGUUCGGCAGUAUCUCGGUCUCCGGCAACGUCGGCGCCGUCUAUCCGGGCUCGCUGUCGAGCUCGAGCUGCCUAGCCGGGACCGGGAUCGGUGUGUCCGGGUCCGUUGGCGGUAGCGGCGGCGUUGGCGCUGGAGCCAACAUCAGCCCGGGUGGCGUCUCCCUGAGCGUGGCCGCCGCCGCCGCCGGCAUGUCCGCAGGCUUCAACAAUACCGGGCGCACCAACUUCACCAACAAGCAACUCACCGAACUCGAGAAAGAGUUCCACUUCAACAAGUACCUGACCCGGGCGCGCCGCAUCGAAAUCGCCUCCGCCCUCCAACUGAACGAGACCCAAGUGAAGAUCUGGUUCCAGAAUCGGCGCAUGAAGCAGAAAAAGCGAAUGAAGGAGGGUCUGAUACCGGCGGAGGCCGUGUCCGGCCUCGGGAACGCGCGCAGCACCAGCAACUCGCCGACGAGCAACUCCUCGGGCCUCGAUAUCGGCAUCGGCCCCCACGGCUUCGGUUCCGAGAGCAGUCGGGACUCGCCGCCGGGUCCCACCAAGGAUUGA